AUGGAUACUUGUGGGACGCUCGUCGACCGGCGGUUCAUCGUUGAGGUCGACAACCGGACAGAGGAGAACAUGAUCCUGGAUGGGGAACUGUUCGAGUCGGGGGGAUGGCAGCGGAAGGAGAACAGCUUGAAGUCGAAGGAGGUGACCAAGCUCGAGUUCGUCAGCACCGAGGUUUUCCAUGGCCUUUCUGGUCUGUUGUGGUAUGUGAGCGAGAAGAGCUUGGACACUAGGUAG